CCGCCUUUUUCACAGGUCGAAACCGACGCGUCGCAGCGACCAUGGACAUCGCCCGGAUGCUUGGCGUCGUGUGUCUCCUCCUUGCGUCGGCAGACGCUACUAUGUGCUUGGCCAGCGGAAUGAGUGCAGCAUUGACGUCAGCACGGUACCCGCUGUCGUUUUGCCCGUUCACGCAGGCCCGAUGCUGCCUUCCCGCGCACGACCAAGCUAUCCUAACCCAGUUCUUACAGCUCAUCUCGGCAGGCGCAACUUGCGCUGAGACGCUGAACCCCGCCAAGACGAGCCUCGCCCGCGUCAUGUGCGCAGCCUGCAAUCCAUUUUCCCCACAGUUUCUCUCCCCACCCAUCAGUGCUUCGUUCUUUACGACACCAAAGACAUUUAAAGUGUGCAGUCGGCUCGCGGCCCUUGCCGCGCCCGCCAACUUUGAUUCGUGCGGCUUGAACCAGCUGGCAUACCGCGGCUCGGUGUGCUCGCCCAACAACCCCGCGACAUCGCAGACUUGGUCGACAUGCUCGACCGGCGCGUAUGUGUGCCAGAGCGCCAUGACGCAGACCUUCUACUGCCAGCCUACGCCGUGCGUCGCCACGGACGUUCCGAGUGGCUUUGCCAACGCCCCGUGCGAUGCGGUUGAGAACACGUGCAGCUCGGCCUUCCUUUUCCUCAACGACAAUGGCGCCGCCAAACCCGUCUUUUACGAAAAGUACCCCGUCGAGAUCGUCGACGCAGCGAACGGGACGUGCUUGGAUGUGGACGACUCGCUCCUUUUGCUGGCCACAGCAGCGAGCCCCAGCGCCCAUCGCGAUGCGAUCACAAGCUUAGUGUGGAUCGUCGUAUUCUACUUUGUGGCGUUGUACUAGUGUCACUUGAGCUCAUUCGAAUAUAUCCUGUGCAAAAUGCACUUACUGUUUAGAGCUGCCAAUCGCUUGACUAAACUACCAAACCAG